UUUAUCCUCAAUCCAAACAAGCCCAUCUUCGAUCACUUUGAAAACUCGUAGGGUUUUAGUUCUCUCAUAGACAAACUAAAUUGCAAAGAACAAAAGGCGAACAGAGAAAAAGAAGGAUUAAAAAAAAUCAAUGGAAUCGAAGAAACUAACGGCGGAAUCAGCCCCGGUAUUCCAGGAAGGAAUAAGCUUAAUCCUCACUCGGUGGUCGGCUCUCACCGCCGCCGUUGAAAACGAGUGGGGCGGCCGUGAUUCUCUCGGCAAAGCCAACGCCAUCUGCACGGACGUCUUCGCAUUCUUCACUGAAGCCAGAGCGGAGCCGCUUUAUAUAGAUGAUUUGGAAAAUCUUUUAGAGGAAGGUUUGCUUAGUCUUAAUACGUUAGUUGAAGAUGGCAGCAUUGAGGAGGUGGCUGAGAAAUUAAUGAUUAUGCAUGAAGAGUGUUUGGAAGGUAACUAUCAAUCUGUUGAAAAACUGAGGACAACGAAUCCUCCUCCAGUCGCUCAUGUCCGACCGAGUAACGACGAAGAUGAGGAUGACGAUGAUGAUGAAAAUGAUAGCAUGAGUGCAGACAUCGCGGCAAACAUGAUGGUGGAUGUACCGAACUCUCAGUCAAGUUUGAAUCCAGUUAGUAUGCUUACAGAAGAGCCAAAGCAAAACCAGUCAGCUGAAGCUGAAGACGGUUGGGUUGUAGUUUCAUCCCGGAAAAACAAAGGUAGAAGGAAUUAAGUCAUAAUUUUUGUUACCCCUGCUCCCUAUUCCUGGUAUAUACAUGUUUUCUCUAGACAUUUUUGGUGCUCUAAUUAUUAGUGUUUGUAACUUUUUUUUAAAAAAUCUUAUAUUGAAAGAAGGUUACUGUACUGGUAUGUUGUUGGAUUGAAAUAGAUAUGAUUUUGCUUGGA